AUGAAGCCGUUAAAUAGUGACGCGAUAGAAUGCAGACGAGCACGCUCUCCCCCGCUCGUUACGAUUUUUUCAUCGGCGCGCCGCGAUAAGGAGCGCAUCGAUCGCGCGUUGCCGCUCCGCUCGCCUCGGGCGGCGGGCGCGUUGCCGCACCGCUCGGCCUAUUAUUAUUUAUUAUAUUACGGACGCUGCACGGGGCUUGCGUCACCGUGCAAUGGCCGAGUUCGGCCGCAUAUUGUCUUUUUGUUUUGCCGCUCCAGCGCCAUCACGCCUCGCUCCCGGAACGGUGUGCACAGGCUUUGUACAGGUCUUUGGGUG